AUCAGCUAUAGGAGGGCACUGGACCAUGUCAUGGGAACUCUACGGCCUGGUGACAGUCAGCAACAGAGACGUCAACAAACAUCCUGGAAUUCUGCUGGACGAAGGAACACCAUCAGGACUUUGUGGACGACUUGAGGGCAUGAUCGAUCUAGUUUAGAUCACACCGACCUCCGAUUACCUCUGUAUGGAACCUGAGAAGCUGCUCUCAAGCGAAUGUUCUACUUGUCAGGAGAAACAGUAUAUAGCCUUCUUUAAGACUGAUAUCAUCACUGCAACACGCUAGUUAUUGUUCACUUGAUGAUACCCAGGAAUCCAAAUCCUUAAUGGCGACUUCAAGUAAGACUUCAAGUAAGCUGCAGAAACAGAAACUUUGGUUAUUACUGAUAAUGUCUGUUGGUGUGGCGCUUCUAUGCAUGUAUGCUGAGAUCGUGGCCAGUAAAUUCAUUCAGCCUGUUGGAAGAGACGUACAUGCUCAAGGGUCAAGUGAAAGGACAUCCGUUGGAAGGACUAAUUGGGCCAAGGUGCUGAUUCUCGGGGCUGGAGCAGCAGGAAUGUCAGCAGCCAAAGAAUUAACACAAAAUGGCAUCACAGACUUUUUAAUGAUCGAAGGCUCCAAUAGGAUUGGUGGCAGGUUAAAAUCCGUUCGCUUUGGUGGAAAAACGGUCGAGGCUGGAGCGAACUGGAUGAUGGUUAGGAAUGCCCGAAACCCACUAUGGCAGACAAUACAGAAGUACAACAUCUCAGGCCGAACACUUGAUGAAAAAGAUGUGUUGAUAAGAUACAUGAAUGGUGAAGAUGUAACGACGACUGCGGGUGCAAAGGCAUGGGAAAAACUGUCGAUAGCAAAGGAAACGAUGUCGGAGAUUACAACCCGGAUGACAAGUGGUGCUCAAAGUGACAUGUCCAUCAGGGCUUGUCUGGGUCUGGGAGAGUGGGAACCUGUAACUGCCGUGGAGAAUGUGGCGGAGGUUUUCGAAUACGACUUUCAGUAUGGCAAUACUCCCGAAGUCUCAUCCUGCCGGAGUGAUGGAAUCCUGCAGCAAUACCUCGACGGUAUGUAUUACAUUGCGGACGAGAAAGGGUUCGAGUCGGUCAUCAAGAACGUAGCAGACGAGAUUUUUGAACAAAAUGACGAACGAUUGAUUCUGAAUGAAGUUGUACACACAAUCAACUACACAGACUCUAAUGUCGUUGUUGAGACAAGUAGUAGCACAAUAUACAUAUCAGAAUUUGUUUUACUUACGUUCAGUAUAGGUGUUCUCAAAAGCGGAUCUGUGAUAUUUAAUCCUUCGCUGCCGGAGUGGAAGGUAGACAAUUUGGCAAGAGUGCGAUUUGAAAAUUACAUGAGUAUAUUCCUGAAGUUCCCAGACAAUACGCGUCAGUUUUGGGAUGACGCAUUAUACAUUCUUCACGCCCACGAGAGAAGAAACUUCUACCCAGUGUGGAUUAAUCAUAAUUCCGAUGCCAUGUCAACAGAGGACACGAACAUUCUUCAACUUGUUACAUUUGGAGAGGAAGCCGACAGGAUAAGCAAGAUGGACGAUGCUGAGAUUACAAAAGAGGUCAUGGAGGUCUUGAGAAAGGUGUACUGUAAAGGCAAUGUUUCUGAACCGGAGGAUGUUUUAAUAACUCGAUGGAAAACAGAUCCGCUGUACCAGGGAAGCUUUGCCAAUGUGCAGCCUGGAAUUCCACUAGAGUCUUUGGGUACCAUUUCAGCACCCGUUGGACGAUUACACUUUGCAGGGGAUGCUUACUCUGAGUUUGAUGGAUACGUUGUGGGGGCAGCCAUAAGCGGGGUGGAAAGUGCCAGAAGGAUUUUGCAAACACUCCGUGAUGGUGCGAAUUCGUAGAAGAAAGUCAUACACAUUUUACUAUCAGGAGACUCAUUUUUGUCACAAGUCAGCAGGCCUUUUCCAUACAAGUAAAUAUACAACGAAAUCAGUGGCGAAUACAAAUGGAAUUUCAAAUUUAGUAUUUUACCUUAAACCAUCGUUUUACACCAUAUCAAUAAUGCAUUCCUAAUUUUGAAUAAGUAAUAUCUUAGAAAACGUUUGAUUUCACUCUAUAUCAAGUAAUACCAUCGAAACAGCACAUACAGCCGAAACUACACGUGCAAUCAGGGUAUAUAAAUGAUAGGACCGCGUGUGAGACAAUCGCAAGGAGUAACAAAGCAUAACAGGGAAUACCUCGACUGACAUCGGAACAAAGCAAGCAAGCCCUGGGUAUGAUACAGAUGAGAGCUACCCAAGGUAGCCACGGCUAAUAAAUACCGGUACUUGCGUGUUUUGUGUAUGGAUCAUAUGGUUGGUCCUGCCCCCAGUCAACAGUUCUUGACAGUAGAGCAUCCAUGUCAGAGAUUGAGAAUUGACUGUACGUCGUUGACAGCGACGUGACUGGUAGAGGGUUGUCUUCGCUGACGAAAGCCGGUCUGUUCUGUCUGUUGUUUAAUGCCGAACAGGAGAAUGAAAGGCGGAAUCCUGCGUUCUGAGAUGUCAUGGAUCGUCGAGUUCUACAGCGGCAAAUUCUCCAUCCACUCGACAUGAGCUGAUCUAGACCGGUCAAGGUGAAAGGCGACGUAUCCCACAUGACGUCGUAGUUUGUAGUCGAGGGUGGUCAUUCACGCUGUUAACGCGACGUGUAAUUGAACUUGAGCUAUUUAAAUUUUAGAUUAGAUUUUGGUCUUUUCAAUACAUUUUACUUCAUG